AUGGACCCAGGAAAUGAUACAGGAAUUUCAGAUUUUCUUCUUCUGGGAUUGUCAGAGGAACCAGAACUGCAGUCCCUCAUAUUUGGGCUUUUCCUCUCCAUGUACCUGAUCACCGUGUUUGGAAACAUGCUCAUCAUCCUGGCCGUCAGCUCUGACUCCCACCUCCACACCCCCAUGUACUUCUUCCUUGCCAACCUGUCCUUUGUAGACAUCUGUUUCACCUCCACCACCAUCCCCAAGAUGCUGUGGAACAUCCAGACUCAGAGCAAAGUCAUAACUUACUUAGGCUGCAUUGUGCAAAUGUAUUUUUUCAUACUGUUUAUAGGAUUAGACAUCUUUCUCCUGACUGUGAUGGCUUAUGACCGCUUUGUGGCCAUCUGUCACCCCCUGCACUACAUGGUCCUCAUGAAACCCAGGCUCUGUGAACUAUUGGUUCUGGUGUCCUGGAUCAUGAGCAUCCUGCAUUCCUUGUUAGAAAGCUUAAUGGUCUUGCAACUGUCCUUCUGUAGAAAGGUGGAAAUUCCCCACUUCUUCUGUGAACUCAGUCAGAUGAUCCAACUUGCCUGCUCUGACACCUUUCCUAAUAACAUGGUGAUGUAUUUUGCAGCUAUGCUGCUGGGGGGUGCUCCCCUGGUUGGGGUCCUUUACUCUUACUCUAAGAUAGUUUCCUCCAUACUUGGAAUCUCAUCAGCUCAGGGCAAGUAUAAAGCAUUUUCCACCUGUGCAUCUCACUUCUCAGUUGUCUCCUUAUUUUAUUGUACCGGCCUAGGAGUGUACCUUAGCUCUGCUGCUACCCAGAGCUCCCACUCAAGUGCAGUAGCCUCUGUUAUGUACACAGUGGUCACACCCAUGCUGAACCCCUUCAUCUACAGCCUGAGAAACAAAGACAUAAAGGGAGCUCUGAUGAGAUUCUCUGGGAUGGCAGUUCUAAAAGGGUCAGUUGUCCUGGGCUGA